AUGGGCGCAAAUUUGAUCUUCUUCCGCUAUGUUUUCCUCUUUCUCGUGGCCAGAUUUCUAGUGACUGAAGCUGCAGAAUAUAACCAUUUGUUGGUUGGCGAUACGCUUAAAAUUGGCGAAAAGCUGACGGAAGGUAAUUAUAACUUGAUUAUGCAACCAGAUUGUAAUCUUGUCCUCUACCAAGAAAACCCAAACGAAACAGUAUGGUCCAGCAAGACCGCCGGCCAGGGCAAUAUGUGCGCGGCAACUUUGAAGACCGAUGGAAACUUUGUCAUCACUGAUAAAAACGGAACUGUCGUAGGGCUAACUGCAACUAACAAUACAGGGAGUUUUUAUGUUUUUGUUCUGCAACGAAAUCGCAACGUUGUGCUCUACAGUAAGGCGAUAUGGAGUUCGGUGACAAAUAUUGAUGAUCAGUCUUCUGGAUCAAAUAACCAAGCGAUAGAAUGGCGUUGGUUGAAGGGACUGAUGCUUUUGGUGGCUUGCAUUUGUGCGAUACUGUUCUAA